AUGUUCAUUUCCACAUCAUCUCCAAUAUCCUCUCACAUGGACCCUGUGAGGAACAAUGUCGAUAGCGAUCCUCCCACGCCAACCAUUGCCAAUCUCGAAAAUGGCCUUGAAUCUCCACUACUCCCGAUUCUAACUCCUGCUCUUCAUUCAAGAAGAGGACUAUCGGGAUCUUCCAUGCUAUCAGACGAGGACGGAGGAAAGGAUACGAACAGUAAUUUAUCAACAUCCUCUUCGAGUCAUCAAAAUCCUUCUCACGAUCAUCACUCACACCACCAACCCUUUUCACAGUCAUCACCGUCUUCAAAAUUAGACAAUCAAGAAAAAUCUCGAGAUCGCGGGACAAGCAUUCAUCAUCAUCCAAAUAAUCAAAACGGGUUCAACCUUCUUUGUUGCCCGAAUUCUGUGAAAGGAAUUUAUUUAAGUGCAAUUUUAAUUUUCACAGGAAUUAUGCUUUUAGUUACAAUGAUUUUCAUGUUUAGCGUAUCGCAUUCUUUGAGUCACGACUCCAAUACGAGAGUGGUUGUUGAGGAUCAAAAUCAUAUUUCUGAUUCAGAUUUAUUACAUUCAAGCCCAGAUUUAAGCAGUUUAGAAGGCGAAACCACGUCAGAUGGAAAAGUAAAAAGAGAUCAUCUCAUGAAAAAGCCCAAAAUUAUAUCUCCCUCCAUUUCAUAUCAGGUUCAUUCUUGGAACGAUUUAAGACAAUGGAUUCAAGGCUAUCAAAAAGGAGUCAGAUAUUUCAAAGUCGAUGUUUAUUAUCACAUUGACUAUAAAGAUUUUGUAGAAAAGUAUGGACGUGCAUGUAAGAGAAGCGUUCAUGAUUUUACAACAACGAGUACACUACCAUCUACAACAAAAACAUCAUGCUUGAUUUUAACACAUGAUGCUCCAGAAAUUGGAGGUAUUACCAAUGGUAUUGGAUAUUUUGAUAUCAUUGACCUUAUUGACACUGUAACCGACAUUAGAAAACGAUUUAAAACAUCUCCAAACGAUGAGUCUGAGAGAAUUUACAUUGCUCUUUGUAUGAAAUAUCACAAAUUAAUGUUUAACAGCAACGCCGGCACUGGAACUUAUGUCGUUGGAACUAUGAAAAAUCCUUGUCUACCAAAACCUGAUAAUGAGUGGCUCAUACUUGUAGAUGACAUGUAUCAAUUAUUUAAAUCAAGAACUGAAAAAUUGGGUUUAAAUGUGGAAUUUAUACUGGAUGAGAGCGGAACUCCUGGAGGUAUCAAAUCAUUGGCAAGAAGAUGCUUGGAAAACAAAUGGCCUGAUUGGCCCUAUACUUACAUUUCCAUGCGAGAUCCUCCAGAAAUUAUGGAAAACCCUAAUGAGGGUAAAAAAUCUUGGAUUCCUUCAAUUUCUUCUAAAACCGACAAGUACAAUAGAUACAAAUAUCUGAAUCAACCAAUUUUUGAUGAAUUCAAAACCAAGAAAAUUGGAUUACCAAGUCAAACUUUUUUCCUGGAAGAAGCACAACGUUUUUCCUAUGGAAGAUUUAACGAACUUCCCGAGAGCAAGCUGCUAUGGGAGCCCUCACAUCAACAAGAUAUAUGGAAAACCCUUGAAGUUUACAAGAAAAAACCUGUCAAGAAAGGAGUCUUGAGAUUUUCUACAAAUAUUGAUCCCAUUCAAACAGAAGUAUUCCUCUCAAAAUAUUCAAAGUAUGGUAGAAACGAACCAUUGCCAAAUACCAAAGCUGCCAUCAAGCCCAAAGUUGUGUCUAUUGAUGACUCUGAUAAUCUCAUGUUUGUUUAUGAGAAGGAAAAGUCUUUAAGUUAUUCAUUUUACGAUUUCCAUACACAUCGAAUUUCUCCAUCAUCCGUCAUCAAGAACAAUAAGGGUGAAGUACUAUCGCUCGACUCUAUGAAUGUCGUCAAUAUUAUGAAGCACAAAAUUUCUAGCCAAUUACAACCACUGAAGGCAUUUAGAUUGGUAAUUGUAUUCAACGAUGGGCAAUUGCAUAUCUACAAAAUCGUAAAGAAUAUUGAAAAGAAUAGUUUUGAACUUGGUUUAGAAACGUCUGUUUCUCUUAUGAAUCCAUUGAAGACCUCUGAUGAAAUUCUUGCAAGUACUCUCGAGUCCUCGAUGAACACUUUAUUAUUGUUUACAAGAAAUACUCGAUCAAAAGUAUUAUCCAUUUACGCUUACCGAAUUUUGCAAUCCAAUGAAAAAUCAGUGACUGGAACAAAACUCAUUCAAACAUUUACCAUUCCAAACAAAUUAGAAAAGAUUGAUAUUUUGAAACACUUGACCAUUCAUGCGCUUUCGUUAUCACCACUCGAUGCAGAAAAUUUACCUUCUCAAUUGGAUUUACUUGUGUUAAUUGCCUAUUCCACAACCAAUAACAAUGUCUAUGGAACAUUUAUUACUCUUCCAAUACAAGAAGCAGGUGAGAGCAAGAUGAACCAAGACGCUCGUCAAGCCACUCUUCUCUCAUCACCUGUGUAUUCACAACUUCUUGGAGUGGGUGCUAAUCCAUCUAUUUCCUCAUUGCGUAUUACACAUCAAUUGAAAAAUUCACAAGACACCACACCUCAACCAAUGGAAAGGACAUUUGUGUCAAUAUUUUGGGGAGAAGGUUUCUGUAACAAUGCAGAAAUUCAUAAUGUUCAAUCAUUCCCUUACACUUGUUCCCUCAAGAGACUUUCAUGCCCCAAUGUUUUACAAUAUUCCAUGAUGAGUAUUAAUGAAUUUGUGAAAACCAUACAAAGUGCCUCUGCUGUUAGUAAGAGUGUCGGAACAACGAGUACAACCAGUAGUAGUAGUAGUAGUGCCACUCUCUCUUCUGCAGAAAAAAGAAUGAUACAAAUCAACAAACCAUUCGACAAUCCACAUUUAUACUUUGAUCACAGAUAUUUAUUAUCUCCAUGUAAGGAAAAUAUGUUAUUCGGAUGCUAUGAUAGAGGCUCAGAUCCCAAUGUGUUGCUAUUUAAACACGACCCAACUUUGAAUCUUGUGAGUGCACUGAGCAUUCACAUUGGAGUUCCAGAGGAAAAUUAUACCUUUAACUUUGGAAAUACUCAACCCGAUCCACAACAAGAGGAUUCAGCAAGCAAGAAUUCGGAUCAAGUGUCAGAAAAUUAUGAACUUGCUACUUGUGUUGCAUGCGGCGAUGCAUUACCGUAUGAUGGUCUUGUGUUGGAUGAGCUUUUAUUCUCGGUCAAGUUGUUGAAUUGA